UUCCCUCAAAUUCAUUUCCUUCAACCUCAUUAACAUUGGAGAGUUAAACUUUCAAUUAUCACAAAUGGACAAUCAGAAAACAGACAUUUCACCUUUUUGAAAGCCCUCUAAUCUAACUCCUAUGGUUUGCUCUUUAAGAAAUUGAACAAAUUUUCUUGCUCUCUAAUAGUUACAAUAUUAUUCAAAAACAAAACCAAUUUCACACAAACAUAGCAAAUGGAGGUUCAAUCCUCGGCGGCGAAACGCCACUACGACAUAACCAUGUCAAGAAGAACAAGGAAGCAAAAUGAGAAACCAAUCUCAAAGGAAGUUCCAACAACAAAAGAUGUCGUGUCUCUCGAAACCACCCUUCACGAGGCGAAAGAAGGUAAUAAUAAUAAUAAUGAUCACAAGAGUUUGAAGCAAUUGAUUGGUGGAGAAGAGAAAGAGACAACAAUGAAGUGUAGUAGUAGUGAUGAAGGAGAUAAUAGCAAAGGAAGAAACUCACUUGGAGAACAUUUUUCUGAGGAAGAGAAACAACUUCAACUUGUUAGGAUGCAACAAAAGGACAAUCUUCAAGGUUUGAAGUUUAAGAAAUUGGUUCGUCGUUAUGCUAAAGUUUUGGGGCAUUUAAUUAAGGCUAAACGUGAUCCUCAUUUAGGUGAUGCUGGCAAAAAACCUGUUUUCAAGUUAUCAGGUUAAUUAGAGAAAAAUUUAAUUUUGUGUUUUAUUUGCUUAUUAUUUGUUUGAUCUAUUUUCUAUAUGUAUUUGCUAAUCUUAUAUUAUGGUUAGCAAAAAUGCCAUAACUUUGUUUCAUUUUCUUAUAAUUUGUGUAUACUACUUAUUCAUGCAUUAUGCAUGUAUGUGACAUUAUGCUAUGUGUUUGUAAUUUUAUCACUGAAAAUUACAAGUUCAUGAGUUUUAAAUUUUAA